UACAAGUACGCCGCGGGGGUGCGCAACCCGCAGCAGCAUCUGGGCGCCCAGCCCCAGGCCAGCGCGCCCCCGCAGCCCGCCGUGCACGUGCAGGGCCAGGAGCCCCUGACGGCCUCCAUGCUGGCGGCGGCCCCCCCGCAGGAGCAGAAGCAGAUGCUGGGGGAGCGGCUCUUCCCGCUCAUCCAGGCCAUGCACCCCACGCUGGCGGGCAAGAUCACGGGCAUGCUGCUCGAGAUCGACAACUCGGAGCUCCUGCACAUGCUCGAGUCUCCCGAGUCCCUCCGCUCCAAGGUGGACGAGGCCGUGGCCGUCCUGCAGGCCCACCAGGCCAAGGAGGCCGCCCAGAAGGCAGUUAAAAAUGCCGCUGAUGUUGCAGCCAUUUAA